UACGUAACCACCAAUAUGAGCUACUGCUUUUUAUGUAAACGUCUUUUUUUAGCAGCUACUUUACUAGAAACUCCACUUUGACAGCUACUUUACUAGAAACUCCACUUUGACAGCUGCAUUCUUACAUGCUGGCCUUUGGCUGCCGUUGCUUUGUAACGUUAGCGUCACGUAGCUAACGCUAACCGUCGCUCACCUAUUGGACGUCUCCAAACAAGUCCACAUUGUCAAAGCACAGCGCAGCUAUCCUAAUGGCGACAGACAUUGUGUCGCAGUUGGCCGAGUCCUUGGCCAAAACCCUAGUUGAGGAGGGGGAGCUGAGUUAUAAAGGCCAGGGAAGAAAGCUGGAUGAUUCCCAAUCAGUCGAGGAGAUUGUGAAGGACAUCAAGGACUUUGAAGGUCUCCAGGCUCUGAGACUGGAGGGAAACACUGUUGGUGUGGAGGCAGCAAAAGCCAUCGCCAAGGCCCUCGAGACCAAGAGCCAGUUCAAGCGAUGUUACUGGAGUGACAUGUUUACUGGCCGUCUGCGCUCCGAGAUCCCACCUGCUCUGAAUUCACUGGGCGAUGCUCUGAUGCUGGCAGGUGCCAAGCUGACGGUUCUAGAUCUCAGCGACAACGCCUUCGGACCGGACGGGGUGAAGGGCAUCGAGAACUUGCUCAAAAGCUCCGCCUGCUACACGCUGCAGGAGCUGCGGCUCAACAACUGUGGCAUGGGUAUUGGAGGAGGGAAGAUCUUGGCUGCUUCACUGAUGGAGUGCCACAAAAAGUCAAGUGCACAAGGUAUGCCCCUCGGCCUGAAGGUCUUUGUCGCAGGGAGGAACCGGCUGGAAAAUGACGGAGCCACCGCCCUCGCUCUAGCAUUCCAGUCCAUUGGAAGCCUGGAAGAGAUCCACAUGCCCCAGAAUGGCAUUAAUCACCCUGGUGUAACGGCCCUGGCCAUGGCCGUGCAGCACAAUCCCAACCUGCGAACUCUCAACCUGAAUGACAACACCUUCACGGAGAAGGGUGCAAUUGCCAUGGCCAAGGCAUUGAAACAUUCCCGAAGCAUUCAGGUAAUAAACUUUGGCGACUGUUUGGUGCGUCCGGCUGGAGCAACAGCGAUCGCUGAGACUGUUUCAGAAGGACUGCCAAUCCUGAAGGAACUCAAUCUGUCGUACGGCGAGAUAACGGAGGAAGCUGCUCUGGUGGUGGCCCAUGCGGUCAAGGACAAGGACCAGCUGGAAAAACUGGAUUUGAAUGGUAACUACCUGGGAGAAGACGGCUGCAAAACCUUGAAAGACCUAAUGGAAGGCAUGAACAUGGCGGAGCUGCUGGCGUCGCUCAGCGAUGAUGAGGGUGAGCCGGAAGAUGAUGACGACGACGAUGAGGAUGACGACGACGACGACGAUGAGGAGGAGGUAGAGGAAGAGGAAGAGGGAGUCGAGGAGGAAGAAGAAGAAGAAGAGGAAGAGGAAAAUAUCAGCAACAAGUUUUCCACACCGCCAGCGACCAUGCGGCCGCCAGACGCCUCAUCCUUCCUCAGCUUUCCAUCCCCAGACAAACUGCUGAAGCUGGGGGCCAAAAGAGCAGCGCUAAUUGAGCAGCAGGUGGAUGUUGCAGAUGCUAUAAAAACAGCCGAAGCCUUUCUCAAAAUUGCUUCCGUGUACAAGGAGGACAAUAAUGACGUGAAGAGCGCAGUCUUGGAAAGUGUUGAUGCCCUUCUGAAGAAAGUCUUCUCCUCAUCUUCCGUGGUUGGCUACAACUUUGUGUCCUCUUUGCUGGUGCUGUUGGGACUUAUUAAGAGCGAGGAGAAGGUGAAGCCGGUGCUGGUGGUGGCCGGUCACCUGCAGGCCUUGGAGCACGCCGUUCGCCAGGACUACUUCCCCACGGAGAGCAAGGCUGUGCUGAAGGCCUUCAUGUCCCGAAAAAACCAAGCUUUGGAGUCGUGUGGCGCCUCUCGGCACAAGCUGCAGUCCACUUUGCAGACAGUCCACUCUCACGGCUGAGAGCUGAGAACUCAUAUUUCACCCAUGGACACUUGGGAGCCAGCACGCGUUUGCUUAAAUUAAGGAAAAAAGUGAAGUCGAGCAGCGUUGUUGUCCUUCAGCGAGUCACUUGAGCUUUGGACCUGGCAGCUUGUUGACCCGCAGUCAGGUCAGUGUUGCGCAAUACUCAGACCAACAUCGGAUGAAAAAAUAAGUCCGGUGCUGGAAACACUAUCUUGUACAAAAUACUUGAAGGGUACAUUUCUCUUUGAAACUUGCAUGUUUAGAGUUCCUAUUUUCUCAUGUGUGUACUGUUGAAUAGAAGUCUUUUCUGCCUUCAAUCAGGCACCAGCUGAAAUAAAAUGGAGUGUUUUUCA